GCGAAGGGGGCUAGCACUUUCUGUCAAUCGUUUGAUGUAAUCAUUUAGCAUAUUUUUUGUUAUUUCUCUCCGGCAUUAAAAAUUAAUUUGUCUGCUGGGAAUCCGGGAAGGGAUGAAUAGUAAAACCCAAAAGUCCCUGGCCGACGGCAUGGCUUCUCCCACGUACGGCUCGGAAGUGCUAAUUGGCAACUGGGCCGAGCGCCGCUACGCAGUGGUGGAGCAGAGCAACGCCAUCCUGCCAGGACUCCGGGUGAGUGGCUGCGAGCACCAUCGGUCGCUCUGCCAGGAUACGUACACCCGCGCUCCCUUCGCUCGCUCCGAAACUGUUCCUUUCUUCGUGCAGCAUCGUAAAUUGGCCUACCAGAACUUUGAGAGGAACAGGCGGUCCUGCUUGAACCUCGUGGACCACGAAUAUCUAAAGCGAAACUUCACUAGCACCAACACCCUUGAGUUCCAGGAGCUACCGCGGCUGCGUAUCUUGCACGCGAAUAGGGAUAUUGAAAAGAGAGGUCCUCCGAAUCAGCCGACGGACGUGGACAGACUGCAGGCCUUCGGGAAUCUUACGAAGACACAUAACUAUCUCAAACGCCUUAAGUGCGCUCAACUCUUGGAAGAGGUUAGCUACAUGCAGACCACCUAUUCCGCCAGCUUCAACCGGCCAUGGAUGAGGAAGCCCAUCUUUGAGUACGGAGCAGACUACGACGGUGUCGUCAAAUUCGAUUUGGCGUGCUAGUAAGGUAGCUUAGUAAUGGGCUUCUAAUAGCCUUCAAUUUAAAACUCUGUACUCAUAAAAACUCAAUCCUAUAUAUUACAAGAUUCAAUUUAUUUCAAAUCA